AUGCCAUCCGAUAGUCGCACAGUUCAGCUUGCAAUUUGGCGCGAAAUUGUCUCAAAACGGCACGAGGCGACCCAGCCAGUAAAUCAACAUCUCGACUUCAUUCGAAAACGUUUCGAGGAACUUGACUCGGAGCGAUUUAUUUGGUCCAAGGAGUCAAUUCUUGAUAUAUUUCUUCAGAUCGAGUUAUCAGAAAGCCCGCGUGAUCCUCUUUCAUCUGUCAACAAAACACCCAAAUCUCGAAUCGGUCAACGAUCUGAACUUCCAUCCCAUGAAGUCACAGAAAUUAUUCAAAAUAAGAAAAUGCCACAUGCUCCCGUAGGCCUUAUGAAUCUGCCCAUCGAAAUCUUUGAGAAGAUAAUCGAAACACUUGAUCACAUAGCUAAACUCGAAGCGAAGGAGAUUGAACAGAAAAAGGUCAGACGUAGGGUGCCGAUCAUGGGACAAGGUGACCGGAAGGCAUACAAGAUUUAUGUGCCGCUAGACUCACCAAUUUUGAAUAGUAUCCAAAACUUUUCGAUUACUUCGCGUAAGAUAUACCAACUUUGUCAACCAUGGCUAUGGCGAAAACUCAGCUUCCCUACUUCGCUCCCAGCACCAAUGGCUCUAUGGACAGAAGAUAUUCUUCUCAGACAAGGCUGUCAUGUCCAAUCUUUACGGAUCGACUUCUCUCCAAUGUGCGGUGAUCCUUCUUGGGAAAGCGGAGAGAAUGAUCCGUUCUAUGAUAAUCUUACUGUUGAUUUUGAAUCUACGCACGUAGAAAACAUCUCUUCAAAGAAUAUAAAACUUUUGAUAGAGCGCUGCCCCAACCUUUCUGAACUCAACAUCUUAUAUGAUUAUUCCCGUUACGACGAUGGUCGCACAGAAGCUUUUUUCUUAGAUCUAGUCUCAGUAUUGUCAAGUCUCAGACAAUUCCGGCAUUUGGAGGUCAUAGGUAGAGACAUCAAAAUCAUGAAUAGAUUCCCGUUAAAAGCGGUCACUGGUCUACCUUUUCUCGAAUCUCUUAAAUGUGGUGGAGUCACUGUAUCUCAAAAUCGAAAAAAGCUCGGUGAUGGUUCUUUCGGGUCCAGUUUAUCCAAACUCAAAUAUUUAUCACGACUGCAUCUAUACCUAUUUGAGGACAUUGAUGAAAGUUGGUGUCUCUACAAUUGGCCGGGGACAAUAACUGAACUCACCUUACAACAAUGCAGUCACUUAUUACCAAGUACAGCAUUACGGAUCAUUGGUCACAUUGCGCCUCACCUACAAAAGCUUGAGCUUGACUUUAACUUCAACUACAGGGACCCCGAUGAUUACAGGGAAAUUGAUCACAGCUGGAAUCCUCACAAUUCUUUGAAACUCCAGUCCUUAACUGACUUGAAGCUCUGCUCCCGGAACCCCAACCUACUGUUCAACUUCCGAGAUUGCAAAUCCCUCCACAGUCUUACAUGGACCUACAAGACAUUACAACAUCUUCAAUCAUUGACUGAUAUCAUGUCUCAAGCUCCGUGGCCACAGCUCAAGAAACUCAACAUAGCAUCGCGUCAUCCUUUAGACCCACCUCGUACAUCCGUAUCACAAGCGUAUGAAGAUCAAUUAUCAACAGUAGUAAAUUACUGUGAACAAGCCCAUAUCACAGCCAAUGUACACGCAAAAUACUUUGUCAAUACAUUGGAAUUACAAUACCCAUCAGAUGAAGAUGACUCAGAUGAAGAUGACUCAAAUUAA